UCCAAUGCCCUGUCACUGCGCUGUCAAAUCCCUUUAAAAAUGGAGGUUGGAGAACAUACAAUUCAUACUGCUAAGGUUGAAAAAAGAAGUUUAACUCUGUAACACUUUAAAAAUGAAGUUGUGGAAGGGGAAUUGUGAAACGACGGAUAUUUCGUGUACUAAUUUUUCAUUAGUUCUCUUAAGUUCCUCUUAGAAUCAGCGUAUUCUCCGGUAUCUGUGUUAAAGUUCGAGUGUUUAUAUAUCUUCUUUUAGUUCUUUUCGUUGUUUCAAUUGUGUGUGAAGCUCAAGAUGCCCUCUUUUUGCUGCAUGAUAAAUUGUGGAAGCCGUGGAGAACGUGACAAUGUCCGUUUUUUCCGCAUUCCUUCCAAUUUGGCUAGUUACAAGCAUCAACAGCAAUUGAGAGAAUUGGCCAUUUUGAGAAGACAGAAGUGGCUAGCAGCAAUAAGGAGAGAAGAUUUUACAGAAGAUAAAAUCAAGUAUGCACGUGUGUGCUCAAAGCAUUUCAUAACAGGCGAACCAGCAGCUUUGAAGGAUACUCUGAAUCCAGAUUGGGUUCCAUCCCUACAUCUUGGAUAUGGAUAUGAAAGGAUAUCAGAAGAAGAUGGUGUCAAAAAAAUGGAGCGAUACAAGAGAAAAAGGAUCAGGCAAGAUGUGGAAGAAGCAGGACCAUCUGAUACACCUCUUGAAUUGCCUUCUGAAGACAAUAUUGAGGAUGUAUCGGUACAAGAAAAUGUCCAAAACUCACAAGGAGUCCAAACGGACAUAACUAAUCAAGAUUUUAUCUCAAUGAAGGUAGAACUAAGUGAUUUGAGACAGCAAUUGAAGAAGAUGAGAGAUUUAACAAUAUGUGUGGAAGUAUUAGAAGGCAACGAUAUAAAAACUCUAUAUUAUACUGGCCUUCCAACAUAUAUGGAGUUUGACAAAGUUUCAAAUUUAGUUGUGCCUUAUAUAAAAACUAAUUUGAACACAGUGCUAUCGCCCUCAAAUCAAGUGUUAUUGACACUUAUGAAACUAAGAUUAAACUUGUAUUUCAAGGAUAUAGCACAUAGAUUUGGCAUAAGUCCUACAACAGCGGCUAAUUAUUUCAAAACAGUUUUGGCCAUUCUAUGUUUGAGAUUGAAGAAUUUUGUUUUUUGGCCUGAGAGGGAAACAUUGUUAAAAACAAUGCCUUCCUGUUUUAAAGAGGCAUUUCAGGAAAAUACAACAGUGAUUAUUGACUGUUUUGAAAUAAAAACAGAGAGACCAAAUGAUAUGUUGGCAGCUGCUCAAACGUGGUCACAUUAUAAGCAUAGCCAGACUGUUAAAUAUUUAAUAGGAAUUACACCACAGGGCAGUAUUUGCUUCAUCAGUGAAGGAUGGGGAGGACGAGCAUCUGAUAAAAUCAUUACUGAACAGUCUCAGUUUCUGGAAAAUUUAUUGCCAGGUGAUACAGUAAUAGCUGACAGAGGUUUUUUAAUAAAAGAAUUUGUGGAAUUGUUUGGGGCUAGUGUAAAGGUGCCAGCAUUUAAGAGAGGUAGAUCUCAGUUCCACCCAAUAGAUUUGGAACAUACGAGAGCCAUAGCGCAUGUUCGAAUUCAUGUGGAAAGAGUCAUAGGUUUACUAAGACAAAAAUAUACAAUUUUAGAUAGUGUAAUUCCUAUGACUCUAUUGAGUGUUAAAGGUGACAAUUCAAUUUUGGAUGAAAUUGUUUUUGUGUCUUGUGCCCUAAUUAAUUUAUGUCCACCUAUUAUACCACCAUAAUUUUCUGUUGUAAUUAUAUAUUUUAUUUUUGUUACAAUAAAUUUGCUGCAAUUUAUGUGUCGACUAUUCUCUUUCUGAAAUAAUACGCACAAAAGUUAUUUU